AUGCUGAGCUCGACCGCAAUCUGGAGGGUCCGAGGCGAAUUUUGGCUCCUGCUCUUGCAGCGAGGCGACGUGCACAGUUUACAUAUCUCCGAAAGUACAAUGAAGCAAUUUGCGCGGCCCUGGCUACGAUGCUGGGCUUUGCUUGGGGCGAUGCUGCCCUGGGCUGCUGCUGUGAAGUUUACGGAGGAAUCCAACUUGUCGACUUUGGAGUCUGCCGCAGUGUUGGCGGAGUCGAGGGCUUCCCAGCUUGCCACAGAGGUGCACCAUGCACUGGUCGAUCGCUCCUCGAGAACCUCUGUGGGCGAGUACUCGAAUGCGUCCGGCAGCUCCCUGGACACCGUGGCAAACGGAAGCUUGGUCAACGUCCGGGAUCCGUUUUAUCGUUUGGGUAAAGCCGUCGCCGCCAUCGGCGGAACCUUCGGCGACUGGGCCAAGGCGGUGGCACAUGUGGGCAAGAAGCUCGGCGAAGCCGCCGGCAACACCGUCACGGUGGUCGGGGAUCGUGUCAUUCGUGCUCCGAGCAUGCGAUGGGACCAGUUGGAUGCGGAGCUCCUUGGUAUGGCCAAAGAUUUGGGGAAGGGUUGGUUGGCCGUCAAGCACGCCAAGCUUGGGUUGUACAUGAGCACCUUUCAUGCCGGGUACAAGCUGGCGGCGCCCAUCAUGCCCCUAGCGAAGCAGGCCUUCCGGAAGGCGAUGACAAUGGCCAGGAAGGUGGGUCCCAUCGCGGACAUGAUGGAUUGUAUUGUUGGUGAAGCACUGAGCGACGAAAAGAAGUGCCAGGUUGUCUUCGCUAACAUGUGUGAUUGCGGCAUGGAAAACGGCCACCGGAAGAGCUACACAAAAGCCACUGCCGGCGCAGCCGGGGAACCGCCGACCGGCCUGGAGAUGAGAUGCGUGCCUACCAACAGGCUCUUUGGUAAGGGGUUUCGAUUGAAAGCUUCGGUGGACUCCACUGGGGCGGUCAGCAGCGAGGUUUCGCCAAGGGGAGGCGUGCAGCUGCCGGGAUCGGAGGAGGAAGUUACUUACACUGACUACUCCAAGGUGAAGGCCGCAGCGAACGAUGCGAAUGAGAAACUCAGGACCACCCCCACUGAGGCCCAUGACAAAUCCAUUGAAGAUGAGAUGACAGAGCAGCCGAGCGGAUCUUGUGAAGGGAAGUUGACCGCUGCGGUGGAUGCGAUCGUGGCAUUUAACCCAGACAAUAUCUUUGUCAAAGUCUCGACCAAAGGAACCGGCGACUAUGUCAAGACAGAGGCUAAGGUGUCAGGUUGGGUGCGAGCUUCCGUGGAAGCAUCUGUGACGGGAGAAGGCACUUGCUCCUACGAAGCUGUCACGGGAUUUCCCAAGAAACCCGUGAAGAAGAUGUUCUGCUUCAAGGGCGGCUGCGUCAUCUUCGCAAUGCAGAUGCUUGCGACACUGAAGAUAGAAGGCACGCUGACCGGAUCGAUCACGCAAACGUACGACGUAGACUUCUACGUGGAAGGAACGGCCGAGAUCAACACAGGCGAGAUAGAGGAGUCUAAGGUGGAUGCAGUUGUGAAGAACGUCGAGUACAAGGAAGGAAUCAAAGUCGCGGCGAGCGCCACUGCUUCCGUGCGCGUGAGCGUGGGGCCAAAGUUUGUGGUCUGGCCAACUCCGGGACUUCCGUUGACCUUCUUCCCUCAAGCCCACGCGAAAGCGGAGGCUUCGGGCAGCAUCCAGUAUUACUCCAGGUCCAAAGAUUUCGGCGCGGGCACAAACAUCAAGCAGUCCAAAGAUGGCGGGGCCGAGGACCAUUCGUUCACAGCUCAACUCCAGAUGUGCGCGGCGGCAGUCUUGAGCAUCUAUAUGGACAUGGGCAUCACCGGAUUUGCCCUGCCGCCCCCAUUGGACAAGCUGUUCGAUGACCUCAAAGACAUGAUAAAGGAUGCCAUGGUCGAUAGUUUAAACAGCAACAGGCGACAAGGUGACCCCAAAGGGAAGUGUCUUCCGGCGGGUACCGACACAGUGGUGAAAAAAGUUGGAGACACAGCUGCGACGAUUGUUGCAAAAGUCAUUGCCAGCCUUGGCCUCCCUUUGCAGCUGCAGUUGGUGGAGCUCUUGAGCUCUGACAAGCUCUUUUGCAAGGAGCCUUGGAAGACGGAUGGCUUCGAUGAGUCGCCCUGCGCAGAACAACUUGGCUGCAGCGGGUCUGCUGGCCCUGACGGCCUGCCCGAGCCCGGGGUGGUGAAGCAGCCCGCCUCGCCGACCUUCACGGAAGUGACACCCGAAGGUGACCAUCAGUGCAAGACACAUGUUACACACCUCGCCUUCGGAGAUCACUUUCUUGAGAUCGGCAGCUUCCGCAUCGCCGAGCACGAUUGGGGGGAGUGGUUGUCCGUCACGCACAAGGACCGCUCGAAUGCGAUCAUCCUUUUCAACAAGGGCUGGCAGGCUGCCAACCAGGACACCAAUUUCCUCUCGAAUCCGAGAUGGAGGAACGAGGCCUGGACAAGGGGCAGAGGUGCAGAACACGUGAAAAGCAGCAUCAAAAUGGGCUUCCAGUUCAUCCAGAUUGGAAGCUUCCGCUUGGGCGCGGACGACUUUGCUCUCAUGGUUUCGCACGUGGACCAGGCGACCCCGGGCUGUCUUCGCGAGUGGAAGUUCAACCACGACAUUCAUGGUCCAUCAGCCCGCACCGUCCGCGACCGCCCAGAGGGACCUCCGACGGGAAUCAGCGUGGGAUGGGCGUAUCUCCAGAUCGGCCAGUUUCGCUUGGGAUACACCGGUUCUUCUGUGGUGAUAUUGAAUGCCAAGGGUGGAAUGGCCACCAACAGGCUGAUUGAGCAGUGGCACAGCAAUGGUCAUCUUGACGUCAAGAACGUGGCAGCCCUUGACAACGAGGGCCUUCGCAAAAGCUUCGUCAACCGACCCGCGCAUAAAUUCCCAUGUCCUCAGAUCGGCGAUAUGGCCUUUGGCCCCUGCGAUCAGAGCUUUGGUGCAUGGGGCGACCGCUUCGUGCAGCUCGGCAAGUUUCGUCUGGCAGCCAUCGACGCCAACCAUUUCAGUGUCUCUCACAGCGAUGGCUGGACUGCACAAAUCUUCCGAAGCGAUGGAACAACGCACCCAGGACCCCGAAAAGACUUCAAUUCGUGGGAUAGGCCGAUCGGGUUUCCUCACGGUGUCACCUUCGGGAGAAACUUCUUGCAGAUUGGCAACUUUCGCUUGGCAGCCAUGGACGGCAACCACCUGACCAUCUCCCACAUGUCUGGUAGCACUGCCGUGAUUUACCGAGGGGACGGGCUCGUAUUCCCGGGAACAACAGACUGGAAUGCCUGGCGGGGGGAGUUCGUCGCCGGGCCCGCCAGCGGCGUCCGGUAUGGGAAGCACUUCCUUGAGAUCGGCAACUUCCGGCUCGGGGACACGGAUGGGGCUCAUCUCGUGGUCAGUAAGGGACACCAGACCAUCCGAAUCUUCAGAUGGGAUGGGCGCCUUUUCGGGGGAGUUGUGGGCUUUGGACAGACCUUGGCUGAGACGCCGUUGCAGUCGCAUUGCGGCCUCAUCCAGAGCAGCACCGGCACCUGUCCCGGAAUCACCGCAGGUGACGGCUUCCUGCAGUUCGGGGACUGGCGCCUGGUCGUCCACUCGGACCACAUGCACUUCUCGAUCUCUCACCGAGAAGGCCAAACUGCCCUCAUCUUGAGCGGGACUGGCAUCGUCGUUAACGGACCCAACGCAGGCUGGGGCGGCUGGCACCCUUACUUCGAGCCUCGCCAUCCAUCGGUGAGAUUUGGCGACCACUUCAUCGAGUUACACAGCUUUCGCAUUGGCUCUAUCCGUCACGAGAACAAAGACUACCUCACCAUCUCGAGUGGGCACUUCCAUCAUGGGCGACUCUCCAUACUGGCAUUUUCGCGUGAGGGCGUGCAUACACACCUCCAUUUCGGCGGCUUGUAUUCUGGUCCACAUGCGCGCGUCCUCGGCGCGCCGAAGGGCAUCACUUUCGGCGAUCGCUUUGUGCAGAUCGGCAAGUUUCGAAUCGGAGACGUGGAUGGAAAACGGUUCUCCGUGGCGCACGUGGGAGAGGAUGCCAACGGCCACCUCAAGCAAAACGAUGACAAGACCAUUGUCGUGUACAAAAACGAUGGUUCGCGCGCAGAAACCCCACAGCCAGCAGCGAACGAGGACAUCGGUGACACCACUGUGGGCCGGGUGCGGUUGCAGCCUGUGGUUCAGCCGGAGCAUGAUAUCACCGACCGAAAUCGCACGGUGUUCCAUGCAUAUCCCUUCAAGGGCUUCCCAAAAGGAGGACGCCUAUCUUGGAACACCGCGGACAUAGCACACCAAGCGAUAGACCGUGCUUUCGCAGACGGACACCUGCUCUUGAGCUUGCUCCAUGAGGACGACACAGAAACGGACGCUGUUGAGGCUGCUGCGCUGCCUUCGGCUUCCUCCGCGCAGUGGCCGCGCGAGGUGUUUGUGUGGUUCUUCCUGGAUCGCGUCAACGAGGUCGACACAGUGAAGCAGCGAUUUCAGAUCGAGCUUCUCUACUCUGCUCGCUGGAGGGAAGCCUGCCUCGAUCACGUGCAGGGCAACAUCCAUCAGACCGAUUCCCGGCUGCGUUGCACCCCCCUACUAUAA